CAACAUGUCCUUCAAAUUCGGCUUCAAUGUGAAGAACAAACUACCAAACGGCCCCGCAAAGCCCGGGCUUGGCAACAAGAAGAAAGCGCUGUUCGGCGAAGAUGCAGAAGAUGAUGCAAAAGGCAAAGCAGCCGCCUCCUCCAACGUGCAAGAAAUUAGCGACUUCAACUUCGACUCCACCCUCGCCUCGUCCUCCUCACCCUCUCAACCCGCCCCAACAAAACCGAAGAAAGGCCAGCCCCCCGUCCCGCCAACGAAGAAAGCAAAAGCCAAAGAAGACGACCCCACCACAAUCGGCUACUCCGCCAGCGCAAAAGAAGCCGAACAACGCGCCCUGGAAGCAGCUCAGCAAGAUGCGUCAAUCUACGACUAUGACAGCGCAUACGACGCUUUACACGCGCGCGACGCCGCCAUCGCAGCCGCCGCCAGAGAAGACGGCGCAGCUCGGAAACCCAAAUAUAUAGACGCGCUCUUCGAAGCAUCGGAGCAGCGCAAAAAAGACCAGUUGCGCGCGCGCGACAAGCUGCUUGCUCGCGAGCGGGAAGCUGAGGGGGAGGACUUCGCGGACAAGGAUAAGUUCGUGACGGGCGCGUAUAAAGCGCAGCAGGAAGAAGCGCGGAAAGCGGAGGAAGAGGAGAAGCUGAGGCUGGAGCAGGAAGAAGAACAGAAGAAGAAGUUUGGCAUGCAAGGGUUCCACAAGCAGAUGCUCUUGGAGCAAGAAAAACGACAUGAUGAGGCCAUGAAAUAUGCUGCGGACGCAGCUUCCAAGGGGGGAAUGGUGGAAGUGGCGCGGGAGAAGAGUGACAGAGAGAUAGCAGAGGAAGCGCGUCUCCAAGGCAAGAAUGUCACGCUGAACGACGCGGGCGAAAUCGCGGAUAAACGACAACUCCUCAGUGCCGGGCUGAACAUCGUCGCAAAACCAAAGUCUUCCACCUCCGCCUCCACAACAUCAGAUAAACCCGCCGCAAGUCCAUUCACAUACCAACCAAAGGGUGCCAAACAUGUGCAGAGGGAGCGCCAGACGGCCAUGAUUGCGGAGCAGAUCGAGUCCGCGAAUAAGCGGAAAGCGGAUGAAGAAGCAGAGGAACAAGCGAAGCUGCAGCAUGCAGCUAAGAGUCAGAAGACAGCGAGUGAGAUUAGCAGUGCGAAGGAGAGGUAUUUGCAGAGGAAGAGGGAGGCUGCGGAAGCGAAGGCGAAGGCUGGGAAGUGAGCGGAAGCGCAGGAGUAGAACCUGGGGGAGGAGUAAGUUGGCAGAAUAUGAUACCCUAUCACUGAGUCCACACAAGUCUCCUGAUGGAGAAUUGGUGCAAGGCUACACCUCGACUGCC